AUGGAAAGAUGGGUGGAGAAUCCACCGUCGGACUUCCUUCAGUUUGUACCACUCUGGGUACAAAUAAAACAUAUUCCAGUUAACUACGAUUCAGAGAAGGCGAUAACAACACUUGGGGAUCUGGUUGGAAAGGCUAUUCCGGUGGCGUUUGACCCAGAGAAGUCCCAAAGGCAAGAGUAUGUUAGAGCUCAGGUGAAAAUGAAUAUAGCUAACCCAUUGAAUAAAUCUAGAAUUAUCAAUCUUCCUAAAGAAUGUGGGUCUGUGGAGGUUCUUUACUUCUACGAAAGAGUGCAGAAGAGAUGCUACCAUUGUCAAAGUGACUCAUGA